AUGUUCACUGCCAUUGGCAAGGUUUUCAAAUCGAGCCGAAACGACGACGAUCUAGUGGACAGGAUGAACCACCAGUACAGCGUCAUCUUCCUCUUCAUCUUCAUGGUCAUCAUCAGCACAUCUCAGUACGUCGGCGAACCUAUACACUGCUGGAUGCCCGGACACUUCACUCCCAACCAAGGUGAGUACGCCAACAGAGUUUGCUGGAUUUCGUACACUUACUCCGUACCUGAAAAUACCUUAGUCGGCCAACAGGACAUCGUAAAGAAAGUAAUUAGUUACUAUCAAUGGGUGCCACUCGUCAUGUUACUUCAAGCUUUCUUCUUCUAUUUGCCGUGUCUGCUCUGGCGAGUGUUUAGUGAGCGAUCCGGAAUAAAUAUUAACAACUUGGUAGAAGCAGCUGAAACCAUUCAGAAUGCUUUGUACCCCGAGAGGCGAGACAAAACUAUCAAAUACAUGAUUCGCCAUCUUGAUCACUACCUGGAUUACCAGCGGGAGUACCAGGGGGGCUGCUGCGGAGGUCUCAGACGUUUCAUGGCCAGGAAAAUGUUCCUAAUUUGCGGAAAUAGGCAGGGUAAUUAUUUGCUGACACUUUAUUUGAUAAGUAAAGUUAUGUAUUUAGCCAACCUCGUGUGUCAGUUAUUUAUUUUGAAUUUAUUCCUCGGUACCAACUAUCACUUGUACGGUGUCGAGGUGAUUAGAGACAUUGUUCUGGGAAAAGAGGUGAAGCCUUCGGUUCGAUUCCCCCUGACGACGUUGUGCGAUUUUAAGAUCCACGUCCUGGGCAACACGCACAACCAUACCGUCCAAUGCGUGCUGCCGAUUAAUUUUUUCAACGAGAAAAUUUAUCUUUUCCUCUGGUUCUGGAUGGUCCUUGUGGCCGCUGCAACCAUCAUCAGCUUGCUCCGAUGGAUCUGGCUGGUUGGCUUCAGGCACAGUCGAAUCCGCUACGUCAGAAAACAUUUGAAAGUGAUGGGAAAGUUGAACAGAGACAGCGAUCGCGACAGAAAACUAUCCAGAAAAUUCGCUCAGAUGUAUCUAAGACAGGACGGAGUGUUCGUAUUGAAACUAGUGGCCAAGAAUUCGACAGACCUCGUUGUCGCGGAUAUUGUAUCAGCGCUGUGGGAUAAUUAUAAGAACAAACCGAUGAUCGGAGCCAGGAACAAUGACGACCAGGAAGUGGAUGAUGGCGGGGAGAUAUCGUGA